UCUUGAGCGCCUUCUGGCCAUGGGCCCGCGGAGCCGCGAGCGCCGGGCGGGAGCCGUGCAGAGUACCAACGACAGCAGCGCCCUCAGCAAGAGGGCCCCGCGAGCGCCUUGCGCCCAGAUCCUGUCGCUGGGCGCCGGCUCGGACUCGCUGUAUUUUCGCCUCAAAGCUGCAGGCCGCCUGUCCGGGGCUGCGGUCUGGGAGGUCGAUUUUCCAGACGUGGCGCGGCGCAAAGCGGAGAGGAUUAGAGACACGCCGGAACUGUGCGCGUUAACCGGGCCUUUCCGGAGCGGGGACCUUGCGUCAGCGCUGCGCUUUGAGAGUUCGGACUACCGCAUCCUGGGCUUGGACUUGAGGCAGCUGGAGCGAUUGGACCGGGCCCUGGCCGCCGCGGGCCUCGAUGAAGCCGCACCCACUUUGCUCCUCGCUGAGGCCGUGCUGACCUACCUGGAACCGGAUAAUGCAGCGGCCCUCAUCGCCUGGGCAGCCCAGCGUUUUCCUGAUGCUCUUUUCGUGAUCUACGAGCAGAUGAGGCCGCAUGACCCCUUUGGCCAGUUCAUGCAGCAACAUUUUCAGCAGCUCAAUUCUCCUUUGCAUGGCCUGGACCGCUUCCCCGACGUGGCGUCCCAGCAGCUCCGCUUCCUCCAGGCUGGCUGGACUGCCUGCAGGGCCAUGGACAUGAAUGAAUUCUAUCGCUGCCUCCUGCCCGCAGAAGAACGUCGGCGCAUGGAAAAUCUUGAGCCCUUUGACGAGUUUGAGGAGUGGCAUCUGAAGUGCGCCCACUAUUUCAUUCUGGCCGCUUCUAAGGGAGACACUCUCUCCCAAACUUGGGUGCUUUCACCCCCAGAGCUGUUUCCUCGGGUAGAUCCCGCUUCCCCUUCCGGGACCCUCCUUGCCAAGGUGGUCACUAGUGACAGCCAGGGCCCACACUUUAAGAGAUAUGGCCACGCCUCUGUCCUCUUGAGCCCAGGCAUUCUCAGCGCAGGUGGAUUUGGAGAGCAGGAGGGGCGGCAUUGCCGAAUGAGCAAGUUUCACUUGCUCUCAAGAUGCUGUGACUUUGAAUGGAAAGGCAAACCAAUAGGCAGUCGGGGGACUGAAGCUCAGUGGGAUGGACGCCUUUAUCACACCAUGACGAGACUUUCCGAUACUCAGGUUCUGGUUCUGGGAGGGAGACUGUCCCCAGUAACUCCAGCCUUGGGGAUUCUCCAACUUCGUUUUUGUAAGAGUGAGGAUGAUAGCGCCGAGGAUCUAAAUGUAAUGGUAACAAAAGCUGGCACAGAAGGAGAUUCCACUUUGUCAUGUUGGCGGCAUUCAACAACACAAGUGUCCUAUGAAAAUCAGAAGUAUUUGUUUGUCUAUGGGGGCCGAAGUGUGGGGGAACCUGUAUUGAGUGACUGGCAUUUUCUACACGUGGGGACAAUGACUUGGGUCAGGAUCCCAGUGGAGGGGGAAGCACCUGAAGGUCGGCAUUCCCACAGUGCCUGCAGCUGGCAAGGGGGAGCCCUUAUUGCUGGAGGCCUGGGUGCUUCUGAGGAGCCAUUGAGCUCUGUAGUCUUUCUGAAACCAACCACUUGUGGAUUCCUCUGGGAAUCAGUUGAUAUCCAGCCUCCCAUUACCCCAAGGUAUUCCCACACAGCUCAUGUGCUUAAUGGGAAGCUUCUACUGGUUGGAGGGGUCUGGAUUCAUUCCUCCUCAGUUCCCGGGGUGACUGUUAUUGAUCUGACUACAGGAUUGAGCUCUGAGUAUCAGAUUGACACAACAGGUGUACCAUGGCCACUAAUGUUGCACAACCAUACCAGCAUCCUCCUUCCUGAAGAGCAACAGCUCCUGCUCCUUGGAGGUGGUGGGAACUGCUUUUCCUUUGGCACCUACUUCAACCCCCAUACAGUAACAUUAGACCUUUCUUCCCUGGGUGCUGGGCAGUAAGGACUGGACUUCUGAUUUAUUUAGGACCCACUAAAGUAGACAAUAAAGGUUUCCACAAAUAGGAUUUGACUUUGGCUACAGAUAUUACCCCACUCCACGCCCCUCCUUUUAUUUUAUUUUAUUUAUUUUAUUUUAUUUUAUUUCGUUAGCACUAUUAUGUUAAAACACAUACCAUCAAUCAGAGAGAUGAUACAAAAAUAAAACAUAAGUAGGCCUAUCUUAAGAGAGUGGUCAUACAGUCCUAGAGGAGGAAUUGGGGCCUUUAGAUCCCUAUAUCUAGUUGGUCUUCCUCCCAUUUUCUAAUCUGCAUUUAUCCACUUAUUGAGUUAUAGUGACUUUAACCUAAGUCAAGUGAAAAAUUUCCCACUCCUAUGCUUUGUGUUUUGAGGUGGUACUUUGGAAAAAGUUUCACACAGAUCCUUGGUAAGAAUCUAAAGUUGAAUAUAGUUGAAGGGGCAUGAUAUUGAUUUCAUUCUUCAUGUAUGAAACCUAAAAUGAACCCAGUUACAGUUUUUUUAAAGCAUUGCGCUAUUUAGUGCAGAAGAGAAUUCUGGGAUAGAUUCAACAAUGAUCUUUAUAUAGGACUUUAUUGGAAAAUAUGCUUUUCCAUUUUUGUCACUGGUUCCAUAUUUAUAUAGAUUUAUGAGUGCUUUUAAAUCAAACAAUGGAUGCUUCAACUCAUUGUGUACAUGAUAUGAUAAUGUUAUGCUUCAGCUCUACUCUUCACCCUUAACUAUGGUCUGUGCCCCAGGAGGCUGACAUUCAUGGACUAUAUCAAUGAAUUUUCUUGUCUUCUAGUUUCUGGUGAGUACUACCAGUCAUAGGCACCAGAGGGAGAUGUAGAACAGGAAGAGUGAGGCAGGGUAUUCUCAGUGUUUCUCCUACUAGUCUGCAAGUUGGCAGAAUCCCCCCCCCCCUUUUUUUUUUUAUCAAAGGCCACAGCUUUUUCUCCAUGUAAUAAGGUAUAGCUCUAAUUCUGCAUCACUCCAGGUUCCAGUAAUUGUUCCUUCUUACCUCUUCAGGCCUAGGAUUGUAAUUGCUCUUUGCUAGACCUGAGCUGCACUGUUCAAUAUAGUAGCCAUUAGCUAUGUGACUAUUUGAACUUAA